CCAGAAGUAGCCAGGAUGGGUCCGACGCUGAACCCGGUGUGCUACCGGCCGCCACCGCUGCCGUCGAAGAAGCCGCCCCGGACGGUGGCGCUGGUGAACCCGAUCAUCGCGGAGCCGCCCAAGAUCAACUUCAACAAGGCGGCCCUCUUCGGGGACCGGGAUCGGAACAAGGACACGUUCGGGCGCAUGUCGUCCACCUACCACUCCUUCCGGGACCCCCUCGAGGAGUCGGAGAUCGUCAUCAUCGCCGCGGCCUCGGAGCCGACGCCGACGACGACGCGGAAGAAGAAGGAGAAGAAGAGUCGCAACAAAUCGACGACCGGCUUCGAGCAGGGCUCCAGUGGCGGGUCCCUGAGCCGGGCUUUCGGGAGCGGGCGCUUCACGCGACGGGCGUCCCUGCUGACCCGCUCCCACUCGGACGGGAACUUGAACAAGAACUUCUGCAAGGAUCUCGACUGCCCCGGGGAGUUCUACGGGGAUCAGAGUAAUCUCACCAAGGCGCUCAAAGCCCUCAACGGAAGCUGGAAAAAUCUUCUGAAUCUCGGAGGGAUGAAUCGGCAGCCGAAAGCGGGGGCGCAGAUGAAGAAGGUGGCGCCGCCGCAGGUGCCCGAGACGGCGUUCAGGCAUUCCGGAAGCAGCUUCGGCUCGGCCGGCUACGGCAGCGCCGGCGAGGAACCCGUCUUCCACGACGCGCCCGUCCGAGACGGCUACGAUAUGACGGACUGUUACGGACCACCGGGGAAAUCUCCCGGAUCUCAGUUCAGCUACCCCCAGUUCACGUUCCCGGGUCAACCCUACAUCCACAUCAACGCAGCCAAAGCCACCGCCCACUACCACCAGCUCGCACUCCAAGAAGAUCAAGGCAUCGAUAUGACACAGAGUCCCGGAAGGGACAGCCCUGGAUCCUCUGGUUCGCGGCACUCGACGGCCAGUUUGGACAGCGGCCGGGCCUCCUCCUCGGGGAGCCACCUCACUGGACCGGGUUCGGGGUCCCUGCACCACCCCCGCUGCUCCAUCUCCUCCUCCUCGGUCGGCUCCACCGAGUCCGGGGCCAGCGCCCGCGUCGAACGCCUCCUCAUGCAGGGCGUCCCCGAUCACGACGUCCUCCACAGCUGGCUCAUGGACCUCCACUUCGAGGAGUACUUCCCUCUCUUCAUCGCCGCCGGCUACGACAUGAGCACCAUCUCCAGGAUGACGCCGGAGGAUUUAACUGCCAUCGGAAUCAAAAAACCAAACCACAGGAAGAAAUUGAAAGCUGAAAUUGCUCAGUUAACCAUUUCCGACGGAUUGCCCGAUUAUAUUCCUGGCUCUCUUGAUGAAUGGUUGCGCUUGCUGCGAUUGGAAGAGUAUGGACCAGCGCUGGGAUGUCAGGGUUAUGAAACAAUCCAAGAUGUGACUCAGUUAACGUGGGAAGAUCUAGAAGAUAUAGGCAUUGUCAAGUUAGGCCACCAAAAGAGGUUGAUGCUUGCAAUCAAACGAGUAAAGGAUCUCAAAGCAGGAAAAGUUUUUCCACCCGGAAACACAGGCAUCUACGGGAACACAAUUCAUAUCCAGGCAACGGUAGAGUCCCCAAGCAAUGGAAUGUUAGCAAAUAACAUGCCGAAUAUCAUGCCAGAUUGUUCGAUUGAAUGUCCAAGAGUACAUACAACGUUCAAAAGUUUUCACCAGCCGUGGGAAAUUGAAGCCACUCGAAAUAUGUACUGUACUACGGACAUAAUUCCUAUCCAGAUACGAGGAGGACGAGGUAAAUCUUUGGAAAGUCUGGAGGAUGGUAUGAACAAUCAACGCUCUCUCGGUGGAGGUACAAGUAGUUUCACACAGUUACCUGCUGCUGGCUGGAGGCGGAGCUAUGACGAUGGAGAUAUCACACCUACAAAUGAAAGUAUUUUGGUUCCUAUGCAUGAGGGUGGAGGCACCCUUCCGCGACCCAAAGGUUUGGUCAGGCCUCGACCAAUCGCCAAAAUUCCUGCUACAUUUGUGCCCACGUACAGAAAUGAGGAAAUUUGUUUAAGCACACUGAAACGGAGACCUCCAUCACCCCCAAAAAGGCAAAAUGAAAGUGUCACCGUCGUGGCAGACUUGCACUGUGCUCCUUAUCCUCCUCCACCGGCACCCAUGUCACCAAUCACUACCAACUAUAGCUGUCUAACUCCUAGUUUCAAGGCAAAUGGCUCGGACGCUAGUUUUAAGUCUGUCUCAAGCACAGAAUCUGACUCAAUCCCUUUUGCAAAUGAAAAUGCUGGAACAAUAAAGCAACGAUCAAGUCGCCCUGGAGCUGACUAUGCCCCAACAAUUGAACUGCAGUCAAAAGAAAGAAGUAGUAGUCUGUCCUCCUCGAGAAAAUUAGAGCAAGAGCCAAGCGAUGUCCUGAACGAUAUUGGAAACAUGCUUGCCAACUUGACAGAUGAACUCGAUGCAAUGCUUGAAGAGGAGAAGCGGCAAAAUCUGGCUGAAGUUUAGUUGCUCAACCUGUGAUUAACUGCAGUUACCAAAUAAACUUACCUAACCGGUAAGAGAAAGCGUUAAAGAAUGUUGUACGCAUCACAUUUCUCUGAAAAUUAGAGCCUGACUUCGCUAUACCUUGGGAAGCCAAGUGUAAAACCUAAGAUUACUUAAAUCCGAUAUGUAUUGGUGUAUCACUGACUGGCUGCUGAACAGCCAAACCACAGGUUUUUGAAGAGAACAAAGAAUAAGUAGCGCUCGAUCCAGACAAGUACUUCUAUACAGUACUUUUCAGACUGAGAAUAAACAUUGAAAUUUGGUAUCGCCUUCUUUGGCCUCUAUUAAACUUCCUUUUUUUCUCAACAAAUAUUACUGUUAGAGUUUCUUGAAAGGUUUGAUAUGGAGGUCUCACAGGAUCAUAUACCUCAACUACAACUAACCUGAUUCAUUCAAAGUUGGAUCUAGCCAGUAUCAGAAACCUUCUUCCCAAUAAUUUUACAAAUUUACAUGCAUGUAGGUGCGUGUAUGUGCCUUCAGAAUAAGUUCAAGAGUCUGACGUCUUUAGUAUGGUUAAUCAACUUUAAACUUGCAUCAAAAUAUUCAUAUCUUUAAAUUUUAUAGUUGUUAGCUCCAUUGUUAUUUGUGUGCUGUCCGUCCAAGCAGCUAUUGAAGUAGGGAUUUUUCCUUUUUACCUCAGAGAGAAGAUUUUGAUUUUGUUUUUUGUGCUGAUGAGAAAUUGCAGCUGCGUUGUCUUUUGACAUGGAAAUACUUACUACUCAUCAAUUUAAGUUAACAAUCUUGUUUUUAAGAGAAGGUUAUAUUUUCUUUCCUUUUUUCUUCUUUUUUUGUGCAAGUAAAAAAUUUACUAUUAUGAGACUUGGAAAGAUAACAUAUGAAGAAUAAUGCACACUAAAGCUGUACAGCUGACAUAUGAUGAAAACAGUCUAUAGCAACGAUGAUGAUAGUAUCUCUCCUCUGUUCCUUGAUCCUUUCUGCUUUUGUGACAAAAAAAGCCUGAGUUAUCCAAAGCAUUUUUCCCAAGAUUUUCUAUAUCAUUGGGUCAAAAAGGCUCCUAGAGACUCUUUUAUAGCCUGUCAUCUUAGACUGAUCUUAUCAUGUGUAGCACUAUAACUUUAGUAUGUGUCAUUCAUCGAGUCCAUCAUUGAUCUUCAUACUGCUCGAAGUUGAAUUCUUAAUUUCAUAGGCAAACAUCAGUGUGCUGCUUAAAAUAUUUUUCUUUGUUCUUUAUUUUGACAGGAGAUGCUUUUAUAGCUCUUGCUUUAAAAUUAGAUAUCAGUCAAAAUUCAUGAUUUUUUAAAGUAUGACAUACUGACAGGAAUGGUCAAUGGAAUUUUUUCCAAGUACGACAUUAAGAGAAUAUAUAUUUACAAAGUGUCUUAUUAAAAAUUCGUAAAACAUGACUGGUACCAGUUUUUAAUGCAAAAAGUUUGUCUCCUGCAUUUUAUGUGAGAGUAAGGGCCGUAUUCAUAGUAAGCUGUUCCUUAAACAUCUUUUUUUCGGUAGCUUCUUAUGAUUUACAUCAUGACAAUGGGAGGUUGAGAGAAAUCCUUAACAUUGCAUCAUGAAAAGGACAUUUUUAACGAACUUAGAUGAAAAUUCAACAGAAGAACGUUGCAAAUAAAGCCCUGCAAAGGAUAACAAAAAUUCGGCAUCGCAACAAAUGAAAAAUACAGGAAGAAAAAUUUGAUAAUUUUCACAAACUUUAAGGUAGGUGUGAACCUACCUUAAAAUUUUCAAAACUUGUAAAACUUUUUUCUUUGGACUAUCAAUUUUUUGUAGAGGCAGGCAAAUCAUUCGAAUUUCUAAAUUUAAAGUUGUACUGUUAAAUUUGCCUUGAGCUUCGUAAGAAUUUUCCUUUUUAUUAUGCAUUGUUAUUGUUCUAUUUAAAACCUACCCUAGGCACAAUACAACCGCAUAGGGCCUCCUAAAGUGAGGAGCUGUGUAAGGAAGGAUUUUGAAUACGGCCCUAAGUUUCUUCCAUCAUUUGAUUUCUGAAGACAUUCUUAUCGCUUGUAAAACAUCUCCUUUAAUGUACUUAUUUAAAAUAUGUUUCCUUUGACAUAGCUCAAAUUGUUUGUAAUUGCCAGAAAAUGGUAUAUCCUCGUUUUCCUUUCUUACGUACUGCCAGUAGCUGUGGAGUCAAGUUCAUUUUCAGGGAUGAUAAUUUUUAAAGUUCAUUGUUUCUACUGAGAUCCUAAAAACUCUCUUUUUCUAAUUUUAAUUUUGUUAAUGGGAGAAAGAUGAACAAAAAUAUUUUUUUCUUCUUUUUGCUGAGUCAAGAACUCCAUCGUUGUAGUUACCUUUACAACUGUGUGGCUAUAAAUUAUAUAAGUGCCAUAGUCUAAAUUUUUUUUUUUUUUGUACGAGAAGUUUUGUAAAUUUUGUAGAAUUUUAUCUUGUGUAAUGAAUAUGUACGUAGAAAUUUUUAUUGAAUGUACAUAGUUUUGUUGUUUUGUAAUAUUUUGAUUUAUUUUUGAGUAGGUAUGUAAAGCUUCUACUUCUUUGGCACCAUGUCUUGCUCUUACCUCAAAUGAUGUCUAGAUCUGUUGAGAAUUAAAUGCUGAUGUCCUCACAAUGGAUCCAAAAGAGGAAAGAAAAAUGUUCGUUGGCAAAGAUAUUGUCAAGAAAAAAAUUCUCUAGGGAGUGAUUUCUCUGGAUCGGAUUUUUUAAGUCUGACUUUUUAUUUAAUGCAAUUUUUCGCAUCAACUUAGCACAAAUUUGCAGUCUCUUAUUCAAACUGUUUCUUGUACAAAUUACAUAUUGUAAGGAAUUACUAUCCCCAUUCCUAUUUUUCAUUCUACAGAAUUUUCUGCCUGUUUCUUCUUUUUAAAUUUUCUCCUAAAAAUUAACCACAAUACAGGGUACAAGUUUCACAUACCAAAUCAGCCUCUUUCUUCUGGUCAUGCAAUUUUGCAACGACAGUAAAAUCAUAGUAUAGCUUGCAUUUAGUUCUGGUUCCUGUUAAUAUAAUGGCACAUUUUUUAUUAUUUACAUUUUCGUAUACAAUAUUUUUUUGCCGUCUAUUUUAGUUCCAUUUCUAAUCAUGGUGUAGUUUCGUUUCUAAUUAUGGUGUAGUUUCAUUCAGAAUUUUGCAGUUUAGCAAGAUUUUUCGUAAAUACUUGCUGCCCAAUUUUCCAUGUUGAAACCUCACUGAAGAUUCUUUCAGGUGUAUCUAUCUUUUUUUAAAAUUUUUUUCUAUUCUAAUUUAUUGUUGUUCUAACAAGGCUCUUGCUUGAGAAAUUGCCACAGGUUUAUGCUUUAGUCCCAUGGUUUUUUCAUUGCAAAACGGAACUACGUUCCGCCAUCUUUAUUUCCAAAUGAGGUUGGAUUAUGUUAUUCUCUUUCCCUCUAAGUGCCUCAAAACUUGAGCAACAGAGUAACAGUUAAAUACGAGCUGUUUCUUGGAAGUUUUCCUCCAUUAAAUGUAUCUAUCUGUGUCAUUACUAUUUCACCUGUUCCAAGAAAAUCCCUGUAGUUUGGAAAAUCCCGUUUUUUAGAUGAAGGAUUCAUACCAAUCUAAAACUCACCCACUUUUCGAUUUUCUAAAACUGGAAAGUGUCCUGAAUAAGUGGUUCAAAAACUCUACCUUUGAUUUCUUACAUUAAAGUCUACUAAAUUAGGAGAAGUGAAAUUUUCCUGCCAAAUCCUCUAGUUUGAAUCCAAGGCUCGACUGUCCAAAAAAAAAAAAAGGGAAGAUACUGUACAUUCUUUGUUUUUUUGUUGUUUACUGUAUUAGAAGGCUGACACUACAAAAAAAGUAGAUCAUCUCUGAAGAAGUUUUUCUAAGUAGUCUUUUUUCUUUUCUUUUCUUUUCUUUUCUAUUCUAGCUCGAACUAAGUAUUGUAGAUUAAACCGAUGAAAUUACCACAAUAGUUCUUUAGAGUCUCCAGCUACUUCAUUUCAUUGACAUUGCACAAACAAAUGAUUUAUUCCUUAAUUUCUCUUAUUUUUGUGUCAGCAAUUGGUAGAUUCGCAAUUAUUGAAAAACUAAUGAAUACAGUUGCUGUGUUCAAUCUAAGAAAUAAGUGACUAAUGUCAUGGGCAUUUCUUUAAUGUUACUAUUUUCAUCUAAGUAGCAAAUUUUUCUUUCAUCAAUGACUUUUGGUGUAUUUAACCAACAUGUGACUUCUGAUGGGUUGAACCCCAGUUAUCUGCAGUUAAAUUAUUCGCUGUUGCUUGAAGCACUGAUAUUUUGUUUUCUUGCAUCAAAAAAAGGGUGAAAGAGGCUCAAUGGGAUAGACAGCCAUUAGAAUUAUUUUCAUAAAAUAAGCAUGAAUAAUCCUGCUCAAGUUCACGGUACUAUUCUUGAAAAAACAACUUACGUGCUACUUUUUCAGUCUGUGCCCCGUGAUUUCGGAUUAGCGACAGUUUUCAACUAUCCAUAGUCGGUACCAGUCACUGCAAAUAACUGGAGUUCUCCUGUAUCAGAAACUAAUUCAUUUUUAAUUGUUUAUGCUAGUCGAAGGUUAGGUUCCUCUUGGAUUGGUGCCUCAGCCUUUAUGUAUGGUCAGAGUAUAUAACUUGUAGUUUUAAACAAUCACUAGUUUAUUUUUUUAUUUCUUUGUUUUCUAAUGAAUCUGUGAGUGAUUUCAUCGGUGGAGUAUGAGCUACUUUUGUAUGUUUGUACACUUUGUUACUAAUAUUUUGUAUAAAAACUGUGUUGAAUUGUAUUUCUAGAAAUAAAACUUAAUAUCAUCAUAA